AUGCUGGCCGCGAACGUCGAGAUCCGCGACCCCUCCUUGCCUGGAGCGAGCGUGACGAUCCACUCGGACGGUGGCGCCGAGACUGGCCUGGGCCCGAGCGACCAGGGCGGCACCGUCGAGGCGCCAACCCUGGAGACUCUACCAGCAGCGAGCCCCGGCCCUGUGGUCGACGCUCAGGGCGCGUCUCUGGCGCAGGGCACGGUCGAGGUCACGGAGAGCCAGGCUGUCGGUAUCCAAGUCACAUUGAACGACCCAGCGGCGGCGGUGGUCGGGGAAGGCCAGCCUCUGUCGCCUCUGGACGGCGUCGACUUCGCUGACUUCCUCGCGGGCCUCGACCCCGCGCAGACCGGCCCCGCGUCAGCAGCGCAGCCCCAGAACGGGCCGCAGGCGCCGCAGGAGGCCACGACGCCGCCGGCGGACAGCGCCGAGGACCCGCCGUGCGAGGCGAGCCCCGAGUGCAACCCCCUCGCGAUCCUCGAGCAGAUCUCCAAGUGCGGCCAAACCGCGCAGUUCUCCGUCGACGUGCGCUCCACGUGCUGCACGAGCCUCCUGGGCGCCGAGCCGCAGCAUCUGUCCUGUCUGUGCGCGCGCCAGACGUUCUGCGUCGCCGAGCGCGCGACGCCAGGCAUCCAGGCUGUACUGCGCCGCUGCGGCAUCGAACAGCAGACGUACGGCGGGGCGUGCUGA